CCGAGCUGGCCCGGAGGAGGGCCUGCGGGGCUGGGAAUGGUUUGAGGGGAAAUCAGUGCCCUUGGGGCAACCAACAAAGCAGGAUGCCCAGUUAGCAUCAGGGACUUUUAAGCUUCCUUCUGGUGUAAUUCUGUGCCUGUCUUGUCCUCGCACAGGUUGCGCAUUUACUCCUCACAACAGCCCCAGAAGAGGGACACAAUUAUCGUCCCCAUUUUACAGAUGAGGAAAGGGGGAUUUACUUGGCCGGUUUGCGACAGUAUAGAUUAGAACUCCGCCUCCUGGCUCGUGCCUUUAAAGAAUGGGCAGCCCCUUACCCUCCAAUAGAGCCCUCUGGGAGGGAUGGUCCUGAGAAACUUUGAGGAUAUCAAGUCUAGCACCCAGGCUUCCUUCCUGUGGUCAGGGGCCUCAGUUUUCCUGGCAGCCACAUCAGGCCUGGCCUACAGAAGGCAGAGGAAAUAGACAGACUGCCUUCCAUUCCCCCAAUCAGCCAGUGUCCAAUGGUCCCGAGGGGGGUGGGGUUAGCAGAUCUGAUUGAGCCCCUCCUGCUGUCCUGAGACCCAGUGUCCCACUUGCCCUCCAGGCCAAGCAGGAGACCAGGAAUUAGAGUUUCUUCCAGGAGCCCCCAAAGCCCAGCACUGUGUCCCGGAGAGCUGCUCUGCCUGUAUGAUCUCAGAUUUGCCCUGCCCUACUCUGGGCCUCAAUCUCUCAGCAGCCCGGAUGGAACCGGAUGGUCUCAGAUGAUACAUACAGUUUGGAGAGGAGGGUAUUUGAGAAUUGCCACUGAGCAAGACUGGGGCCCCAUUCCCAAGUGUCCCAAGGGAGUCAUCUCAGUGGCUGCUCAGGGAAUGGUCUUGGCCGAGGUAGAUUGUGUCCCUCCCCUUCCCCCUGGGAGGCAGGGUGCACCUGGAGUAGAAGGAAGGAAGGGGAAGAGGUGAGGCUGCAGGAGUUUCCUGGUGCCCCGUUCCUGCUGAGAUCAUGGGGGAUGAGGAGGAAGGAGGGAGGAGGGGCCAGGAGCACAAGGGCUGAAGGGCCUUUAGCUCCCAGAAAGGAGAGCACCAACCUCGCCUCACCCUACCCCCCUACUCCUGGCACCUCAGCCUUCUGCGGGAAAAUAGCAGGUCCAAAGAGCCCUGACACCCUCCCCUUCAGUCCGUGUUAAGGAGGAGGAAGGGGAGGCCCAGUGAAGGAAGGAGGCCCCAGCACCUUCCACCCACACCCCUGCCCGCACACAGGAAUUGUCAGGUCAGGGUCCUCCAAGAGGUCAAGAUCUGGCUCACAACCAGCCAGACCCUGCCUGAAGCACCCCACGGGUACCGUCUACCACCUAGGCCCUGUGAAGAGGAACCUCUACUGCUUAUUUUACCAGGGAGGAAAGCAAGACUCAGAGAGGGGAAGGGAUUUUCCUGGGGUCACAGAGAGAUAAAGUGUCAGAGCCUAGAUUUGAUCCUAGGCUUGACCAACCCCCAAGUCAUUAGGCCACAUUUCACCUCCCACCAAGUACAAAUCUCAAAGCCAUUUCUAUGUUACUUAAAUGACCUCCCAUAAGCCCGUGGAAUAAAGAUAAUGGGAGCUCAUUUUACAGGUGAAGGCACAGAGGUUUUAUGAGGUUAAUAACUUGCUUGAGAUGACACAUUUAGUUGAGUUGGAAUUUCAUUCACUUUAAUAUUUACUGCGAUGCAACUAUGCCCUAGACACUCUUGCAAGUUUUGGGGAGAGAGCAGUGAGCAGAGCAGACAAAACCCUGCUGUCAUGGAGCCCCGUUCCAGUGUGGGGGAGACACGAUAAGACGAGGUGUUAUAUGGUCAUGCAGAAGAAAGAAGUGCUGGGAGAAAUAUUGAAAUCAGCUAAGGGAAUUGGUUGUAGCAGGGGAGUGUCUGGUGGUAGCAAUUUGGAAAAGUUAGCCAGGAGAAAGGUCUCUUUGAGGUGAUGUUUGAACAAAGGGAUGAGGGAACAAACCCUCUUGAUAUCUAGGGAAGAGUGUGCCAGACCAAAGGAACAGCAGGUACAAAGGCCCUGAGGUAGGAGCAUCCUUGGCAUGUUUGAGGAGCAGCUGAGACCCACAGUGCCUGGAGGAGAUGAAGAUGGGAGGCUGGGGAGUGGAGUGGUGGGAGGCGAGGUCAGAGAGGAAACAGGUUCAGAUGAUGGAAGGCCUGGAUGGCCUGACAAGGACCUGGCUUUGACCCAGGGAGAUGCAGCCAUCGCUGGCCUUGAGCAGAGGAGGGCCUCACUCUGACUUAGGUUUUAUGAGGACCUCUCCUUUGAGGAGGGUUUGAAUGCAGUUCUACUCAUUGUAAAGUGUCACGCCCAAGCGUCCUUUCCUCCCUGCCAGAUCAUAGAGCCCCAGGCCCCUCCACCCCCCCUCCCAGGGCUGUUCAGAGGGAGACUUGGAGAAGGUGGCACCCCACAGGAGAGCUGGGGACAUCCAGCCCUGUGCCAGGCACUGAGAACAGGCCCAGAACCAUCCCCACCCCCCAUCCCAUUUCCUUUUGGAAUGUUGAUUCUGGUCCAAGAAUUCCCAGCACUCCCCAGAGUCCCACGACCCUCUCGGCCCUGCAGAGUGACGUCAGCUGCUGGGCAUCUGGUAGUGAUUACCCACCAGGGGAGGGGGCUGUGGUGGGCCCAGCCUGUUCGGCCUCCUCAGGCUCUGGGCGGCUGGUCCUUGUCUUCGGAAGGGGCCCAGCUGCUCCCCACUCUCAUUUCCUGUGGAGACUUUCUCACAGUCCUCAAGACCCCCGGAUGCCUCAGGCUGUGGGAACUACGCUGGCUCAGGAAGGAUGGACUGUACCCCCACCCCCAGCUGGAGCCACAUCCCCCCAAAAACUCUCAGGGGACCUUGUUUGCAGAAUCCUGGACCUCUGUGGAGUAUGGGGAGGAAGUUGGGGUUGCUGGAGAGCCAGAGGCUGGCGGGGACUAUGUGAAGUUCUCCAAGGAGAAGUACAUCUUGGACUCCUCCCCUGAGAAGCUACACAAGGAGUUGGAGGAGGAACUCAAACUCAGCAGCACAGAUCUCCGCAGUCAUGCCUGGUAUCAUGGCCGCAUCCCCCGUGAGGUAUCAGAGACCCUGGUGCGGCGCAACGGUGACUUCCUCAUCCGGGACUCUCUCACCAGCCUGGGUGACUAUGUGCUCACGUGCCGCUGGCACAACCAGGCCCUGCACUUCAAGAUCAACAAGGUGGUGGUGAAGGCCGGGGAGAGCUACACCCACAUCCAGUACCUGUUCGAGCAGGAGAGCUUCGACCAUGUGCCCGCCCUCGUGCGGUACCAUGUGGGCAGCCGCAAGGCCGUGUCGGAGCAGAGCGGUGCCAUCAUCUACUGCCCUGUGAACCGCACCUUCCCGCUGCGCUACCUGGAGGCCUGUUAUGGCCUUGGCCAGGGCAGCGGCAAGGCGGCCAGCCCCGCCAGCCCCUCGGGCCCCAAAGGCAGCCACAUGAAGCGGCGCAGCGUCACCAUGACCGAUGGACUCACCGCCGACAAGGUUACCCGCAGUGAUGGCUGCCCCACCAGCACCUCACUGCCCCACCCCCGGGAAUCUAUCCGCAACUGUGCCCUCAGCAUGGACCAGAUCCCGGACCUGCACUCGCCCAUGUCACCCAUCUCCGAGAGUCCCAGCUCCCCUGCCUACAGUACUGUGACCCGUGUCCACGCCACCCCUGCAGCUCCAUCAGCCACAGUGCUGCCUGCCUCCCCUGUCACCCGCCGCUCCAGUGAACCCCAGCUGUGUCCCGGAAGUGCCCCGAAGCCCCCUGGGGAGUCAGACAAGGGCCCCUAUGCCAGCCCCUCCCACACUCUCUCCAAAGCCUCCCCAUCCCCGUCGCUCAGCAGCUACAGUGACCCGGACUCCGGCCCUUACUGCCAGCUGCGGCCUCCUGUUCGUGGCAGUCGAGAGCGGGCAACAGCUGAGGCCUCCAGCCGGCAGGCCAGGAGCUAUGGGGAGAGGCUAAAGGAACUGUCAGAGAAUGGGGCACCCGAAGGGGACUGGGGCAGGGCCUUCAUAGCCCCUGUUGUGGAAGCCACCUCUUCCUUCAACCCCGCCACCUUCCAGUCACUAUUGAUCCCCAAGGAUAACCGGCCACUGGAGGUGGGCCUCCUGCGCAAGGUCAAGGAGCUGCUAGCAGAGGUGGAUGCCCGGACGCUGGCCCGGCACGUCACCAAGGUUGACUGCCUGGUUGCUAGGAUACUGGGCGUUACCAAGGAGAUGCAGACCCUAAUGGGAGUCCGCUGGGGCAUGGAGCUGCUCACCCUCCCCCAUGGCCGGCAGCUACGACUAGACCUGCUAGAAAGGUUCCACACCAUGUCCAUCAUGCUGGCCGUGGACAUCCUGGGCUGCACGGGCUCGGCGGAGGAGCGGGCAGUGCUUCUGCACAAGACCAUCCAGCUGGCGGCUGAACUUCGAGGGACCAUGGGCAACAUGUUCAGCUUCGCGGCGGUCAUGGGCGCCCUCGAUAUGGCUCAGAUUGCCCGGCUGGAGCAGACAUGGGUGACCCUUCGGCAGCGACACACAGAAGGUGCCAUCCUCUACGAGAAAAAGCUCAAGCCAUUUCUCAAGAGCCUCAACGAGGGCAAAGAAGGCCCACCGCUGAGCAAUACUACGUUUCCGCACGUGCUGCCGCUUAUCACUCUUCUUGAGUGUGACUCGGCCCCAGCAGAGGGCCCUGAGCCCUGGGGCAGCACAGAGCACGGCGUGGAGGUGGUACUGGCCCACCUGGAGGCUGCCCGCACCGUGGCCCACCACGGAGGCCUGUAUCACACCAACGCGGAGGUCAAGCUGCAGGGGUUCCAGGCCCAGCCAGAGCUCUUGGAGGUGUUCAGCACUGAGUUCCAGAUGCGCCUCCUCUGGGGCAGCCAGGGCGCCAGCAACAACCAGGCCCGGCGCUAUGAGAAGUUCGACAAAGUCCUCACUGCCCUGUCCCACAAACUGGAACCUGCCGUCCGCUCCAGUGAGCUGUGACCCCCACGCACCCCUCCCCUCUGCAGCUGCGGGCAGCAACAGGGACAGAGGGGCACAGACCUCUCCCCAGAGCACCCCAGAGACACUGUGAUCAGCCCAAGAAUGUUCUGGGCUCAAACCAGGAUCUCCCUUGCCCCUCCAGGGUCCUGCAGGACCCCAGGGCUCCAUCCCACCCGCUGCGUGCCCACCAAGUAUCCUUUCAGGAAGAACCGGAACCCUGUUCCUCCCUCCAGCUUCUGCUUCUCCCCUUCCUGCUGAGGUGCCCUGUGUUCGAGCCAUGGGAGGGUCCUCAAGCCUCCCCACUCUUCUCUGGGCAUUUGCCCGCAACGGACACCAAGCCCUCCACCCGGUUGUAAAUCUGUCUGUUCUGUAAAUAGAUGUACAGAAGCCAUGUUCUUUCUUUCAUAUAAUAAACUUUUAUGACUCUUU